AUGGUGAAGAGUGGUGAGAGUGAGAAUAAGCGUGGUGGGAUGAAGCUUAGGUUUAUGGUGGAAAAGCUGCAGCUGAAGGGCUUCUGGCUAUCUAAGAGGCUUCGCAAUUACAAUGCAGAUGAUGAUGAUGAGGAGGAGGAGGAGGAGGAGGACGAGAAAGAAUCGGCGGGGUUCAAUGCGGAGGUGCCAGCCGACGUGAAAGAGGGACAUUUUGCGGUAUUCGCAGUCAAGGACGGGGAGCGGAGGAGGUUCAUUGUUGAAUUGAGCUACCUGACAAACCCUGAGUUCCUGAGCUUGUUGAAUAAGGCGGAAGAGGAAUUCGGGCUGAAGCAAGAGGGUGCUCUUGUGCUGCCUUGUCCACCCCACCAUCUCCAAACUAUUCUGGAAGGGAGAACGGAGCUGGGUUUUCAUGCAGCUGGUUGUGGACAUGAUGUUUUUGCCACUCGCUAA